AGAUAAGAUACUCGUGUUAAAACACACCUCGUCAGAGCUCUGUGCGUAUUAUUCGUAAGAAUUGUUUGGUUUAUUUUAGAGAAAAGUGAAAUAUUUACAAAAUGAGUCUCAAAAAACCGUUGCUGUUCUAUUUUGCAAUAAUUUUGGUGAUUCUCAGUACUCUUACCCAGGAGACGGAAGCCCGAAGAAAAAUUCUUCGCGGUCGUCGUGUAAUGACACGGACAUACUAUCGUGGUAAUGCGGUGCCGGCUUGGGCGAUCAGCUUCAUGACAGGAAUUGGAAUGCUUCUAGCAGGUGGAGUUUUAUACGUGGUGAUGAGGAAAAUCGUGCUUUCUUCAGAGACUGGAUCACUGAACACUUAUCAACCAGCAAUGCAAAAUGAAAAUGUUUAACAAUAUUACCUAAUCAAUUAUUAAUAAGAUGCUUGAAAUUUUUGUAAUAAGCUAAUAAAUCGUAUGAAGGUAUAGUUUA